AUGACAUUUAUAGCCACAUCAAAAACUUUCUCAAUAGAUCUGGAGACCGUUAAGUUCACGGAGAGGAAAAAUCGGUCAUAUUGGAAAACACGCAGGAAACUAGUGGUGACACCUAUGAUGGGGGCCCUCUUGCUGGCAAUCCUGAUGAUCCAGGGUUCAAUGGCACUGGAGCUAGGUGAUAAAUGCAAAAAAGACCUUGGGAUGAAACGUAAUGGAAUACCUGAUUCUGCAAUCACUGCAAGCUCAUCAUAUGAUGAAAAAAGUGUGGGUCCACGAUAUUCCAGAAUUCGAAGUGAGGAGAAAGGUGGCGCUUGGUGUCCCUUAGCUACAAUUGGAAAAGAUGUCUAUGAGUGGCUCCAGAUUGAUCUCGGUAACCUCACUGUUAUCACUAUGGUGGAAACACAGGGAAGAUUUGGCAAUGGACAGGGUCAAGAAUUUGCUGAAUACUAUGUCCUUGAGUACCAACGAACAGACAAUGGUCCAUUUAAAAGAUUCCGCAACAGACAAUCACAGGAGGUAUUUAAUGGCAAUACAAACACUUAUAUUGCUGAGAUGAAUGAUGUUAAACCACCAAUUAUUGCAAGAAGAAUCCGCAUCGUCCCAUACAGUCUCCAUCAACGCACAAUUUGCAUGAGAGUUGAGCUGUAUGGUUGCGCCUGGACAGAUGGCGUUGUUUCAUAUGAUAUGCCCCAAGGUCAACGACGUGGGUCUGAGGUUGAUUUAUUAGACUUCACAUAUGAUGGACUAAUCAAAGACAACUAUCUCAGUGGAGGUCUCGGCCAGUUAACAGAUGGUGACGAGGGAGAGUCAAAUUUUAGACUUGAUCGCCAUUCUUUGGGACGUAAAGGUUAUGGUUGGAUAGGCUGGCGUAACGACUCCACAACCAUGAAGCCAAUUACAAUCAAGUUUACUUUCGACACUGUCCGAAACUUCACUGAAAUUCGACUCCAUUGCAAUAAUAUGUUUAGCAAGGAUGUGAGAGUUUUUCGGACUGCGAUGAUUUACUUCAGUGUUGGUGGGGAGUAUUUCCAACCUGAACCAGCUAAGUUUACAUUUAUGAAGGACGAACUAAUGGAGUAUGCGAGAACUGUUAUCAUCCCUAUUAAACAUAGAAUCGGGAAAUUUAUACAGCUGGAGUUGACGUUUGAGGCUCGAUGGAUGAUGAUCAGUGAAAUCCAGUUCAAAUCAACCCCAGCAGUAGGGAACAAUAUUACAACAGAGGUGGCUCCCCCUACAACCAUUGCCACAACAACACUUUCCACUCCUGCCCCCACUGUACCAGUAGGUGACUCCUAUGAGACAGGUAACAACCCUGGAGUCUCCAAACCUGGUGGUCCUGCUGGAGGGAAAAAUGAGGGAAGUAGUCGGAACAAUAAAACUAAUGGAGGAUCACCUGGAGAUUUUGGUGGCAAAGAUGAUAAAGGAGUUGGCCAAAAACCCUCGAAACCACUUGACGAUCAGUACAUCGGAAUAAUUAUCGGAGCAUUAUGUGCACUUAUAUUCAUCCUUAUUGGAAUUAUUAUUUUCUGUUGUCGCAUGCGACGUAAAAAACAGAAAUUAUCGAAGGCUCCAGAUCAAGUGACUUUAGAAUCAUUGAGAGACAUGCACCCAAUGCCGUUGAUCAACGGGAAGUUGUCGAACGGGAACACUUACAAAUGUAUCGCAACUUCUGAUGAUAUAGAUUCAGAUAAGGACACGGAUAAGUGUAAUAACGAUCUCAUGUACAACGAAACAAAUGCUACGAAUAAUGGAAUCCAAGCGAGGAAGCUCCCAGAAGUUCCAACUCCAGACUCAAGCGAUACACUUACAUCACGUGAAUAUGCUGUUCCUGAUGUCACAAAAAGCGCCUUAGUCGUUAGCCUUCCACCUCAACAGCCUAUUCUCCCAGUCAAUCCCCCUCCCUCUUACAACCCAGGCUUUAUGGAGCCCCCACCAUACCCCAACGCUCCGCCAUAUCACACCCAUGAGCCUGGACAUUUUCAAGAUCAUGAGUUCUAUGCGAGUGAAGAUGUAAUCAACAUUCCCAACAUACAGGGAGUAACUGGGAACAGCAUUUACGCAGCACCAAACCCAGAUUUGUUGUCGAGACUUUCAGAAGGCGAACUCAAUAUUGUAGAAUUCCCCCAUGAUAAUAUGAAGUUUCGGGAAAAAUUGGGAGAAGGACAGUUUGGUGAAGUCCAUCUGUGUGAAGCGUAUGGUAUGGGAGAGCUAUUGACGGGAGAGGAGCUUAUCCCUGGGAGACCAGCACGAUCAUUUCUGGUAGCUGUCAAAAUCUUACGCCCUGAUGCCACUGACCAAGCCAGAAUUGACUUUAACAAAGAGAUUCGUAUCAUGUCCAAGCUUAAGGACCCUAAUGUUGUCCCUGUUCUGGGAGUGUGUACUAAACAAGAGCCUCUGUGUAUGAUCGUGGAGUACAUGAAGUAUGGUGACCUGCAUCAGUACUUAGUGAACCACGUCCCAGAUAACACGCUCACACGACACACUGGUGCUAAUAUCAUGAGUUAUGGCUCUCUGAUCUACAUGGCGACGCAGAUAGCAUCAGGGAUGAAAUAUUUGGAGUCACUAAAUAUGGUUCACCGUGACCUUGCUACCAGAAACUGCCUCGUGGGGAGCCAUUACACAAUAAAAAUCUCUGAUUUCGGCAUGAGUCGUAGUCUAUAUAGUUCUGAUUAUUACCGGAUAGAGGGCAGGGCAGUCCUUCCAAUUCGGUGGAUGGCUUGGGAGAGCAUUUUACUAGGAAAAUUCACAUCCAAAUCAGAUGUGUGGAGCUUUGGUGUUACUUUAUGGGAAGUUCUUACAAUGGCCAAGGAACAUCCUUAUGAGGGCCUCACUGAUGAACAAGUUAUUGAAAACUGUGGACACUUUUACCGAAAUGAUGGAAAGGAGAAUUAUCUCCCAAAACCAGAUAUGUGUCCAAAAGAGAUUUAUGACUUAAUGUGUGAAUGUUGGAAUAGGACUGAAGCUGGGAGACCCCCUUUCCGAGAAAUCCACAUGUUUUUACAACGGAAAAAUAUGGGAUUUGAUCCGAAGGAUGAAAAAAUGAGCCUUUGUAAGGUGCCUGUUUGCUAGCCCUAUAUUGGGAAAUAUUUGACCAAAAAGUCCUUGCUCACACCCCUCAGACAGUUAGACUGGGCUCAAUUAAGUCAUCAUGAUUGAGUCUAAAUUAUAUCCUAGGGGUGACAGCACUUGUGAAUGAAUCUUCCUGUAUUUAGAGGGAAUACUUGUAUUAUUAAUUUGCAUAUCAUAUUCCAAAGCCAAGCUUUUAUGCUCAUACAAAGUGCUUAUUGACACAUACAUGGACAAGACACUUAAGGUUGACAAAUAUGGAUUGAAAAAUGAAUCAAGAAAAACUUUAUGAGGAAUCUCUACUUUAUGAGAAAGAUCACAAAUCAUAAACAGUGCAGCUUGAGAAGUGAGAUACAUUGUAUUGAGAUUCAUAAAAUUCAUGAAUUACACAAUAUGCAGCUGAGAAUUAUGUAUGAAUCAGUGGGAAAUUCAGCUGUAGUGUCAAAAAAUGAUGUUGUUAAGUGUAACAGCAGUGAAGUUUAAAACGCAAUUGUUAAGUGUAACACAUACAACUAUGACAGCAGUGAAGUGAAAAUGAAGUUGUUAAGUGUAACACACAGCAGUGAAGGAAAAUGCAGUUUUAUGUGUAACACAUACAGUACAUGUAGUUAAGUAUGAAAUGCAGUUGUGAAAUGUAAA